CAGAACUCAAGCAGCCGAGCGACCCAACAAGCAUCAGUGAGGAAUCCUCUCGAGUCCCGCGCGAGCUUCACAGUCGAGGACAUUGUGCAGUCUCUUAGUGCGUUAAAUUCCAGUGUUUGAAAAGAAUGGCAGCUCCAGCUAUCGGCAUCGACCUGGGCACGACCUACUCGUGCGUGGGCGUGUUCGAGCACGGCAAGGUCGAGAUCAUCGCCAACGACCAGGGCAACAGGACCACGCCCUCCUACGUGGCCUUCACCGACGUCGAGAGACUCAUCGGAGACGCCGCCAAGAAUCAGGUGGCUCUGAACCCAACCAACACGGUGUUCGAUGCCAAACGCCUCAUCGGUCGCAAGUUCGAGGAUGCAACUGUCCAGAGUGACAUGAAGCACUGGCCUUUCGCUGUGGUCAACGAGGGCGGAAAACCCAAGUUGAGAGUGGAAUUCAAGGGAGAAAGCAAGAGCUUCAACCCCGAGGAGAUCUCGUCCAUGGUGCUGACCAAGAUGAAGGAGACAGCCGAAGCCUACAUGGGGAAGGCUGUGAAGGACGCCGUGAUCACGGUCCCCGCCUACUUCAACGACUCCCAGCGACAAGCCACCAAGGACGCAGGAACCAUCGCUGGCAUCAACGUUCUGAGGAUCAUCAACGAACCGACAGCCGCCGCCAUUGCUUAUGGACUGGACAAGCAGAGCGUGGGAAAGGGAGAGCGAAACGUGCUGAUCUUCGACCUGGGAGGCGGCACCUUCGACGUGUCCAUCCUGAGCAUCGACGACGGAGUGUUCGAAGUGAAGUCGACCGCAGGAGACACUCACUUGGGCGGCGAAGACUUCGAUAACAGAAUGGUUACUCAUUUCGUUCAAGAGUUUCAGAGGAAAUACAAAAGAGAUGUGACGAGCAACAAACGGGCACUUCGACGUCUCCGAACUGCCUGUGAACGAGCCAAGCGAACGCUCUCUUCCUCCACACAAGCUAGUCUGGAAAUCGACUCCCUCUUCGAGGGAAUCGACUACUAUACCUCCAUCACUCGUGCGAGAUUCGAAGAGCUUUGUUCGGACCUUUUCCGAGGAACCCUGGAACCGGUGGAGAAAGCUCUCCGAGACGCCAAGUUAGACAAGAGUAGUAUCCACGACAUCGUGCUAGUUGGAGGCUCCACACGCAUCCCCAAGGUGCAGAAACUGCUGCAAGAUUUCUUCAACGGCAAGGAACUGAACAAGUCCAUCAACCCAGACGAAGCUGUAGCUUACGGAGCUGCAGUUCAGGCAGCCAUAUUGCGGGGAGACGAGUCUGAAGCGGUGAAGGACAUGCUACUCCUUGACGUGGCUCCCCUUUCUCUGGGAAUUGAAACGGCUGGCGGUGUCAUGACGGCCCUCAUCAAACGCAACACCACAAUUCCCACCAAACAUUCUCAGAUCUUCACCACAUACGCGGACAAUCAGCCAGGAGUAAUGAUUCAAGUGUACGAGGGCGAGCGAACCAUGACCAAAGAUAACAACCUGCUUGGCAAGUUCGAUCUGAGUGGCAUCGCCCCAGCUCCACGCGGAGUACCACAGAUCGAAGUCACGUUCGACAUCGACGCCAACGGCAUCCUCAACGUGAGCGCGAUGGACAAGUCAACGGGGAAGGAGAACAGGAUCACCAUCAGCAACGACAAGGGUCGUCUGAGCAAGGAGGAAAUCGACAGGAUGGUGAGUGAGGCGGAAACGUAUCGCGAGGAAGACGCCAAACAGCGAGAACGCAUCGACGCCAAGAACCGUCUGGAAGCACUUUGCUUCAGCAUCAAAUCGUCCAUCAAUGAUUCUGCAGUGGCUGACAAACUGUCAGCCGAGGAAAAGCGCAGUGUGGAAGAGAAAGCAGAGGAAACGCUGAAAUGGCUGGAUAACAACCAGCUGGCAGAAAAGGAGGAGUACGAGCAUAAGAUGAAGGAGCUGGAAGGAGCGUGGCGACCCCUUGGAGGCAAAAUUCAUGGUUCAGGAACAGGGUCCUCAGGCAGCGGUCCAACUGUUGAGGAAGUCGACUAAUUUCCUAAUGUGAUAAGUACAGUCUCUCUAUCGGAUCACAAUUUGGUUUAUAUGAUGACUUGACUUUAAUAAUUGUAAUGGAAUACUAGUCUAUGUGUACCUGACAUGUAACGGUUAUAUAAUGCUUUUCUCAUUUAUACGGGUUUACCGGAUUAUUGUAUAAUGAUUAUGUGAGAAAAUAUGUAAAAAACAUAAGGCAAUUUCAAUGUGACUUUAUAUACAUAACUGUAAGGUAUUAUUGUGUUUUUUAUAUGCACACGACUGUUCAUGCUCACAAGACAAACUAUGUAUACUUCAUCAUACAGCAUUCCCUCUAAAAAGGUACAAUACGAUGUGAUAUGUGAAUAAAUAUACUUGAUAUUUGA